GCGCGCAUCGAAGAACUCCGAACCGUCCAGACGUGAUCACGCCACCAAAUAUCCCGUCCCUCAAAAUAUUAGUAUAAAACGCCGUGCACAGUACUAUUGCCUCCCUCACCGGCCGCGCGCCCGCCCGGGAUCUCCCUCCACUUUUUUUUUUCUCUCUCUUCUCGUUUGGGCGUCGCAGUUUGGCGUUCCUGCGCCUACCUUCCAACUCCGAUAUAUCGGUCAGAAAUUAAGCUGCUGAAAGCUGGUGCAGAGAUGCCGACGCUGAUCAUCACCGUGGACCUGCAGUGCUGCCGCUGCAGCACCAAGAUCCAGAAGCUCCUCUGCUGCAUUCAAGAAGGAUGCGAGUUCGAGAUCGAGAAGAUCGUGUACGAGAAGGACACGGUGGUGGUGUCUGGCCCCUUCGACGCCGAGAAGCUCUCCUGCGUGCUCUGGUGCAAGGCCGGCAAGAUCAUCAAGUGCAUCAAGAUCAAGCCGCCGGAGAAGGAGAAGGAGAAGGAGAAGCCCAAGCCGGAGCCAUGCAAGCUCAUACCGCUCUCGUACCCGUACUGCCCGCCGCCGCAGCGCUGCCCGCCGACGCCGUCGUGUCCGCCGUGCGGCUGCGCCACCCCGCACUGCGAGUGCCACUGCAAGCCUGCGCCGCCGCCGCCGCCACCGCCGCCGCCGGCGGAGCCGCCGAAGCCGGCGUGUGGGUGCCCGGCUAAUUGGUCGCCGUCGUGCCACUCCUGCUCGCGCUGCUACCCCGCGCCGCCGUACCCGCCGCCGGCCAUGGCGUACCCGCCCGUGCUGCUCUGCGACGAGAGCCCGCAGUACGGCGCCUGCGCCGUCAUGUAGCUCUCCAUGCACGCGACCGCGCGAUCGAGUCAUCGAUCGAUCUUCUUCCCCGUUGAUCCCUCCAUGAAUGUGGUCUUUGAAUUACGUCAAAAAUAAAAAUGUGGUCUUUGAAGGAGGUUCAUCAGCUUGGACUUUAAUUUGGUGUGGAAGCUGCUUUAUGUUUUUAAGAUAAUGGAAUUAUAAUUCCAUGUCUUUAUAAGAAGAUGCUUUAUGUGAAGGCAAUAUAAAUAAUUGAGUGUAUUAUUGUGCUAAUUAAAUUAAGUGUGUAAACAUGCUUAUCAGGAAUCCAGAGAACAUGUUCCGGAUA